GCUGCAGUUGUCAAUCUUAUCCGAGCGAGGGCGAGGGUGUGCGACCCGUGUUGCGACUUGUCAAGAAAGUUUUGGUCGCCCUUGGAGCGCAUAUAAUGUCGGGGAGAUCCUGUUCUUCAGCUGUCAGUUGAAUUCAAGAUCAUUUGCGUGAAAUCAUGCUGUGCGUUCUGACCAGAACUGCGGCAAGGACGGCGCUGGUGAAGCCCUGCCGACUACCGACUCCAGUGCCGGUUGUUCAAAUUUCUGACCGGUCGCUGGUCCAUCAGGAGAGUCUGCCGAAGCUGCCCGUUCCGCCGCUGAAGCAGACAUGCACGCGGUAUAUAGCAUCGCUCGAGCCGUUGAUCUGCGAAGAGGAGAUGGCACACACGCAGCAGCUCAUGAAGGAGUUCCUCCAGCCCGGUGGCGUAGGAGAGAGACUGCAGAAGAGCCUCGAGCGCCGGGCACGCAAAACCGAAAACUGGCUCUCUGACUGGUGGAUGCAGUCAGCCUACCUGGACUCUCGAAUGCCUGUGGCGAUGUACACAAGCCCAGGGGUCGUUUUACCCAAAAUGCACUUCCAAGACCGCCAGGGACAAAUGAGAUUUGCUGCUAAACUCAUUGCUGGUGUUUUGGAUUUCAAAAGUAUGAUUGAUAGUGAAACAUUGCCUGUGGAAUAUCUGGGUGGCAAGCCUUUGUGCAUGGACCAGUAUUACCAGGUGCUGUCUUCAUGUCGGAUCCCUGGACCCAAGAGGGACACUGUGGUGAACCACGCAACUGGAAAGAACCCUCCUACGCACAUCACAGUGGUUCACAACUUUCAGUUCUUUGUUCUGGAUGUGUACAACAGUGAUGGUUCACCACUGACUGUAGAUCAGAUCUAUGUUCAGCUGGAAAAGAUCUGGAACACUUCCCUUCAGACCAAUAAAGAGCCAGUUGGCAUUCUGACUUCCAACCACCGUAACACCUGGGGCAAGGCCUACAACAACCUGAUCAAGGACAAGACAAAUAAGGAUUCAGUGCGGGCAAUCCAGAAGAGCAUCUUCACAGUGUGUCUUGAUGCUCCAAAGCCAAGCGUGUCAGAUGAGAUGUACCAUAACAAGGUGGCUGCUCAAAUGCUCCAUGGCGGAGGCAGUCGCUGGAACAGUGGAAACCGCUGGUUUGACAAAACGCUGCAGUUCAUAAUUGGGGAGGACGGAUCAUGUGGACUCACCUAUGAACAUGCUGCAGCUGAGGGACCUCCCAUUGUUUUCCUCGUGGACCAUGUUGUUGACUAUAUGAGGAGAAAUGAGAUGGUACGAACUCCCAUGAUUCCACUACCUAUGCCACUAAAGCUUCGAUUCAACAUCACGCCAGAAAUCAAGAAGGACAUUGACAAAGCCAAACAGAACAUGAACAUAAUGGUGCAUGAACUGGACGUUCGAGUGCUAAACUUCUCACACUAUGGAAGAAAAUUCCCGAGGUCUCAUAAAUUGAGUCCUGAUGCAUUCAUCCAAAUGGCUCUGCAGUUAGCAUACUACAGGAUGUAUCAGAUGUGCUGUCCGACUUACGAGAGCGCCUCCUUACGCAUGUUUAAACUGGGCAGAACGGAAGCCAUUCGAUCCACCACCACAGAAUCGCUCCAGUUCACACAAGCCAUGGAUGACCCGUCAAAAAACAAUGGUGAGAAAGCAGCACUGCUCGAAAAGGCAACCAAAGUCCACAGAGAGCACACACACAUGGCCAUCCAUGGGCAGGCUAUAGAGAGGCACAUCCUGGGUUUAAAGAUGGUGGCCAUUGAGGAUCUGACGUCUUUGCCUGAGAUCUUCAUGGACACAUCAUUCGCUGUGUCUUCACAUUUUAAUCUCUUUACGAGUCAGGUUGGAUCAAAGACUGACUGUGUUAUGUGUUUUGGACCCAUGGUUCCUGAUGGUUACGGUGUCUGCUACAACCCCAUGGAUGACCAUAUCAACUUUGCAGUGACGGCCUUCAAUAGCUGUGAAGAAACCAAUGCUACUAAACUGUCCAAGUUUCUAGAGGAUGCUCUUCUGGACAUGAAGACUCUUCUGGAGCAGGUGUCUAAGGCCUAGUGAGUGACGACACUUCUUUAAUGGCAAAAGAAACUCUCACAGAAGCCCUGAAACCUUUUCAGACUGCAGGCUUUUCCCACUUUCAGUGUCAUGAAAUUGGCAUGUAUUAUUGGCUC